AUGGGGAGGGGAUUAUAUAGGCCCAUGGAGCCCCUGUCUUCCCCGUCGGCGCACUACGCCGGGGACUCGCACUCGGCGAUGCGCACGACGGCGCUAACCACGCUCCCACUCGUCGCAACCAACCGCGCAGAGAGAGGGGAGAGAAAAUCCAAGUUUCACCCUAAAAUCUCGACCGUCUCUCGGCGGCCGCCGUCCGGUUCCGAGCUUAAGGACGCCGCCAGAUUUCCUUCAUCGUCGGCAACGAGGCGUUGGAGAAGAGGCACUCCACCACCGACAUCGAUGGCCGAUCCUCGUCGCUCACCGGAAAGUCUACUGUGUUUGUGGCCUUUAAUUGCAUUUAAGCCUCUUGAUAGUCUUAGGACGGGGGAGAUUGCACUCAAUGGUAGUCAGCGUAAAUGGGCUGCCGCCAAUCUCGGCGGACGAGUGACGGUUUCCAGAUAUCAGCCUCCAGCUGAUACUGCUAGCUUCAACCUGGUAUUCUUAGCGCUUGAUUUGACUACUAGCCUCACUAUACGAAAAGCGACCGAGCUUAAGGCGGAUGAGUUUGGACGAUAUCUCAAGAACCGCUAUUCAGGGCAGGUGAUUUCACCGGGUCAAAUAGUGUCAACUCGCUUCGAGAACAUCAAGUAUGCGUGUAGGGUGACUCUGUCUAUUGGGGCUGAUCACAUGAACCCACAAGGUUUCCUAUCUAGAGAUACUAACAUCGCCUUUGAGGCAGCUGCUGGUCGCAUUAAGAUUGUAAAUCAAGAUCCCAGACCUCCACCAAUCAUUAAGGAUACGAUUGAUUUGAAAAGAAUGGGUAUUGGUGGUCUGAGCCACCACAUUGGGAUUCGCAAUGUCAGAGGCAUGCUACUUUUUGGUCCUCCGGGGAAUGGGAAAACUAUGAUUGCUCGUAAGGUUGCAAAUUUGCUGAAUGCAAAAGUGCAGACUGUUAGUGGUCCAUCUCUUCUGGAUCCAUACUUCGGUACGACAGAAAGGAACGUACGAGAAUUGUUUGAACCUAUCAUAAAGGACCAGGUCAAGCUUGGAGAAAAAAGUCCAUUGCAUGUGAUAAUCUUUGACGAGUUCGAUGCGAUAGCGAUGAUGGAUGGGCUGACCCCUCUGGACAAUCUUUUAGUCUUUGCAACCACUAACCGUAGGGAUCUUAUUGACGAAGCAUUUCUCAGGCCGGGUCGCCUGGAGAUUGAGAUUGAGAUUGGCCUUCCCGAUCUAGCUGCAAGACAAGAAAUCCUGGAGAUUCAUACUGCAAAGCUUCUGGAAAACCAUUAUCUUGAUGGUGAUGUAUCAAUUGAAAAUCUUGCUCAUCGUACCGACGGUUACAGUGGUGCGAUGCUCGAAGGGGUGGUGAAGUCUGCCGUGUCAGCAGCGCUGCAAAGGAAUAUUGCUCCCAAUCAUUUAGUCUGGACUGGCGAUUACAAUGCUUUCAAAGUUCUGGAAAGUGACUUUGUGGCAGCAGUGACUGAGGUUGCACGUGAACAUGGGAAUGAUUGAAGCUUGAUGGACUGAUAGUUCGUUUUUUUUGCCUUGAUGUUGAGUUGUAGAACAUACUGCGGCAUUGGUUUGGACUCUUGAUUUGCAAAAGGUUAAUGCUAAUCAAAUUGGCAGCAACAAUCAAGUUCUGAAUGGGAAGCAACAGAGGCAAAACAUCCAAACUUCACCACAAGCACCCAAUACUAAUGCAGCAAGUUAGCAGCCUAAAUCUGAUGCAGUUGUUGGAUGUAAAAGAGCUAGAAACUCAGAAGGGAAAAAGAAAUCUGUGGCUUGGCAGCAUUUCACAAUGGUGGCUGAAACGAUAGGUACAGAUAUGCCUAAGGCUGCUUGCAAUUAUUGCAAGAAGGAAUAUUUUGCUAAUGGUAAACAACAUGGAACUAGUAAUUUGAAGAAUCAUAUUGAGGAGUGUAAGGAAUAUGAGAAGAUUAGGAGUCAGCUGGUGCAAAAGACACUGCAGAUGUAGGAAGAAAAGCAUUAGCUAAGAUGAUUGUAGUGGAUGAGAUGCAUUUUAAAAUUGUGGAUGGUGAAGGGUUUAAAGAGUACUCAAUGGCUCUGUAGGUUAUUCCUUCCAGAUACACUGUCAAAAGGGAUUGUAUGAGCUUGUAUGUGGAAGAAAAGGAAAAACUGAAGCAACUUCUGAAAGACCAGUGGGUGUGUUUGACCAUGGACACAUGGACUUCACUUCAAAAUAUCAACUACAUGUGUCUCACAGCUCAUUGGAUUGAUGAGCAAUGCAAAAUACACAAGAAAUUUUGAGUUUUCCCAACAUUGCUAAUCACAAAGGGGAGACUAUUGGGAUGGCUGUUCUUAGCUGCUUGGAUGAUUGGGGGAUAGAGAAGAUAUUCACAAUCACGGUGGAUAUUGAGAGUACUUACGAUGGAGCUAUUAAGCAUAUCAUUAGGAGAACUAAAGAUGGAGCUCAGACUGUGUUAGAGCAUGCAUACAUACAUGUUCGAUGUUGUGCUCACAUUCUGAAUCUUAUAGUGCGAGAUGGAUUAAAAGAUUUGGAUGAUGCAAUAAUCACGAUUCGGAAUGCAGUUAGAUUUGUCAAUAGUUCUCCAGCGAGAUUGCAAAGUUUCAUGUAGUGUGUUGAGGAGGAGAAGAUCGGCUAAUAUGCCUAGAUGUUGAGACAAGGUGGAACUCAAUUUUUCUUAUGUUAGAAGUUGCUGAGAAAUUUGAGAAGGAUUUUGAGAAGUUAAGAGUUUGAUGAUCCUCGCUAUGUUUCAUACUUUACAGGCGGUGAUGAAGAUGGAGGGGACCAAGAUGUCAUUAGUGUGCAGAAUGAGAUAUCUAUUUGCACAAGGGGUAGAGGAAGAAAGAGGCUCAGAAUGCUUGGUCCACCUUCUAGUGAGGACUGGAAAGACGCUAAGUGUUUAACCGAGUUUUUGAGGCUUUUCUACAACGCCACUCUUAAGCUUUCUGGUGCUCAGUAUACUACUUCUAACCAGUUUUUCCACGAGCUUGUCGCUUUGCAGCAAAACAUCAUGACCAUGACUGAGAGUAAUGAUCGAAUAUUGAGUUCAAUGGCUUUCAGAAUGUUGUCCAAGUUUACCAAAUACUGGUCGAUUAUGUGAACUCUUUGUUGCACAUAGCUGUGGUCCUAGAUCCAAUAUAUAAGCUAAAAUAUGUGGAAUACUGCAUGACACGACUUUGCGGAGAGAAAAAGGCUGCUGAGUUUGCAGAAGAUCUUGAGAAAAAGCUGGUUGAGCUGUAUGAGUAUUAUUUGGAAGAAAAUCCUAAUUCUGGGCACUCUAAACAUGCUACUUCCGCUGCUAGCCUUGAUAUUUCUGCUGAUUUACUGAAUACAGAUCCUGCAAAAGCUCUUAGACUUUAGUUUGCAAAGGAACAUGCAUCUUCUGCUAGCAUUGGAGGGAAGUCAGAAGUUCAGCGAUACCUUUCUGAAGUUGCAGAGGGGGAAACAGAUGCAUUUGACAUUUUAUUCUGGUGGAAAAUCAACUCUUCCAAGUAUCCAAUCAUAGCACUUAGCACGAAUUGCAAAAGAUGUGCUUGCUGUGCCUGUAACAAGUGUGGCUUCGGAGUCAACAUUCAGCACUAGGGGUCGUGUACUUGAUGCAUAUCGGAGCAACUUAGUACCAACUACUGUGGAAGCAUUGAUUAGCUGUCAAGAUUGGUUGAAAUCUUCUGGACACUCCAUAGGGGUUCAUAAUGCAUUCCCUGGUAUCGAAGCAUAAGAGGAUUAAGAAGAUCAUGGAUAUGCUCCUGUUGAUCUUGUUCCUUUGGGGAUGUUGGAGACUUGGAGUCAAUAAAAGGGACCAAAAGGGAACAAGUCAGAACUCGAACUCAGAAGCAACAGAGGAAUGGGCACUAUUGGGUGGCGCCUAACAUUUGAAAAUGUAAAGGCGCCUAGGUUGGCCAGGUGCUUCAAAUGAGGGCACCAAAGAUUGAGGUGCCAACGACGAGAAAAAAGGGGUAUUCGGCAGACGCCUAGGCUAAAAGGAGUAUGUCAAAGGUGCAGGCCAGCAUUGGUGAGUCAGGAGCCCAUGAUGGGAGUACAAGCACGCGCAGACCGGUUCGACGAAAGAAGACGAUUGAAAGGCCAAAGGGGGUUAGGCGCCUGCAACAAGUGAAUUCUUAGGUACGCGCGGAGUGGAUGGGUGCUAUUGGGGCGACGCCUAACAUUUGAAAACGUAAGGGCGCCCCGAUUGAAGGGAAUGGGGAGCAUCAGUGCCACUAAAUGACGAUCAAUCUUGGGAGUAUUACUAGAAUGAGCGCCUCUCAAAAGGUGUGUGAGAAACGCCAAUCGAAUAGGAAGCAACAAGUGCGUCAAAGGGCGUAGUUAGGCAUUUAAGAAGUGAAGGUUGAGCGCCUAAUUGGGGGGUAAUUGUUGGGGGUAUUACGUGGGCCUGCCCAAAUAUGGGCACAAUAUGAUCUAGUAGAAGAAGAAAAAGCUCCAUUAUGAGGUAGGCCCAUGGGUAGUCCUAUUGGGUCGGGUCCAUGCAUGAAGUGGGCAACCUAAAGACAAAACUCAGGAAACUCAAAAGAAGUACGGAUUGCCUAUGUUCCCCCUGUUGGGCGCCUAUCAAUUGUCAGAGGCCUGACAUGUCGGUCAGGGGCCUAGUCUGACAGAAGUUUGGAGCAUUAAAUGUGUCGCUAGCGUGGAGCUGGGUUGAAGGAGCCCGGUCUAGAGUUGGGUGAGAGUAAAUAGGGCCGGUAGGUAGCAUUUAUAGGGGGGGACUUUCACACUAAAAAACUAGAGUUAAACACUUCUCUAUCUAAACCCCGGACUAACUUGAUCGCCAGAGGAUUAACGGGCCCAGGCGCCCACCUCUGUGUGCAUCUGUGCAGGCCAGACGCUUAGGAAUCAGUGAGCAAGGAGUGUGUGGCGAAGAAGCAGACUCUCGGGUAUCCGGGAAUAAACAUAAACCAUGCCAAACUUCUUUCACAAAACUGCAAUUGAUGAAGAGAUGGUUGUUAUUUUCUUCCUCCCUAGCAAAGCUCACACAGCAAAGAAGCAAAUUUUGGAUGGGAUGAAGUGUUUCCAAACUGUCGAGUGAUGAUAAUAAGCCCGGCACACUAGAGAGCAAACAAGUAUCCCAAAGAGUCGUCGAGUUAACCUUAGUACCAAGUAUUACGACAUAAUAAUCAGGUAUAGGAACAUUGCACAUAGUAUACAUGAUUG